GGUCGAAGGCAAACUGUCAUGUCUGCUGAAUUGUCAGCUAAGUCGUAAUAAGAACUCAAAGUGAUUUCUUAUUCACUGCUCCGAAUAACCAUUCACUUAAACGUGAUUUAUACUUAGUAACAGACUUCUGCUGUCAUAUCCGCGCGAAUUUAAUGAGCAGCGCGUGCAAGAGGUCUGAGGAUACUGUCUUGGAUUGUUGUGGAGGACUCAACAACGUGGAUUACUCCAAGGUGGACAUGUCCGUCCUGUCCGAUGUCUUCCAGCUGGUGGACCUGCUGGAACCGAGGUUUUGUGUUGCUGUGAUUGCCAUAAUAUUCAACCCGUUCUUCUGGAAUGUGGUGGCUCGAUGGGAGCACAGGACUCGAGGGCUCACUCGGAUGUUUGGGAGUCCCCAUGUGGCCUGCUACAGCCUAGCCACAUCUAUUCUGCUUCUCAAUGUCUACCGAAGUCACAGCAUCACCGUGGCGAUAAAAGGCCAGCCCAAGUGUGCGAUGAUGGACAGGUGGGAACUGUUCCAGGUGGGAGUGGCUGUCAUGGCAGCCGGCUCUCUGCUCGUCCUCAGCAGCUUUGUGGCACUGGGAAUUACAGGAACAUUCCUGGGUGAUUACUUUGGAAUCCUGAUGGAGAAGAAGGUCACUGGCUUCCCGUUUAACGUCAUGGAGAACCCCAUGUACUGGGGCAGUACACUCAACUACCUGGGCCUGGCCCUCAUGAAUGCCAGUCCAGUUGGUGUUGUACUGACUGUAGUGGUUGCUGUGACUUACAAGGUUGCCAUCACAUAUGAAGGACCUUUUACAGAGGAAAUCUAUCGGCAGAGAGCACUGUGCUGCAAACACAAAUGAAGCGUGAUGACAGUGACUCUGGGACUGACCAAUCAUCUGUUUGGCUCAGACCCAAACAGAUUUGCCAGGACAAAGCCACAUAGGGGCCACACCUGCCUAAUUAGCUGCUGUCAUGGACGUGUGUGUGUGUGUGUGUGUUUGUGUGUGUGCGUGCGAGCGAGCGAGCGAGAGAGAGAGAGAGAGAGAAAGUGCGCAAGUUCAUCCAGCUGUCCACCAUCUCACAUCCGGAGUUCCCUGCCUGCACCUUCUGUUCCGGAACCCCGGAUGGAACACCAAGAAGGACCCAAAGCCAUCCCCUGCCCUUCUGAAUCAUUCCGUGAUCAAAUCCGAGUGUGUCACAGUCUGUUUAACCUUUGAUGGUAAUUUUGAUACCACAGUCCACUUUCUCUCACCUUUGAGAAGCAAUCAAACAACUACCCCAAGGUUCCGGUGUAUCUACAGACGAACAUUCUUUUGUAGAGGCACCUCACAGUCAAAAUGUACUAAAUCAUCAAUGGUCAACAAAGCAGUUCUUAAUUAAG